GUAUAAUAUAUGUUUGUACAACAGUUGCAUAGAGUAGAAAGAAAAUGAGACCAUAUAGUAAUACGGGUCCUGAGUUAAGGAAAGGUGCAUGGACUGUGCAAGAAGAUAUGCUUCUCAAGAACUAUAUUGACAAGCAUGGUGAAGGGAAAUGGCACCUCAUUCCUCUCAAAGCAGGUUUAAACAGGUGCAGGAAGAGUUGUAGGCUACGAUGGUUGAAUUAUUUGAGGCCAAACAUAAAACGAGGAGACUUUGCUCAAGAUGAAGUUGAUCUUAUACUUAGGCUUCAUAAGUUGUUAGGAAACAGAUGGGCAUUGAUUGCUGGAAGAAUACCAGGAAGAACCGCUAAUGAUGUGAAAAAUUACUGGAACACUCAUCAACGUUCUUGUUCCAAACAACGAAAGAAAGAACCUAAAGAUGAUGAAUCAUUACAAGAAAGCAAGGUCACAAUUAUUAAGCCACAACCGCAGACCUUUUCAAAAACUCUAAAUUUUGGGUUAAACUUGCCAUCCAUUGUACUUGAUGACAAUAUUAACAAGUAUAUAGACGACUUAUUUGAUGAUCAUGAAAAGGGAAUUGAUGGAACAAUUGGAUGGUCAUUUUGUGGUUCUUCAGGGAAAGGAAAGGCCUUAAAUGUUGUCGAUCAAGACGAUGAUCAAAUUAGUUUCUUUGAUUUCCCGAUGGAUGAUAUCACGAUGGAGCUUAUAAACUCAGAUCAACUAUGAUCUUCAACAUUGUUCAACUCAUGUUUGUGUAUUAUUGAUCAAUAAUUAAGAAAGUAUAGUGUUAUGUUGUGAUUUAUUGCAUGGUAUUAAUUAAGAAGCAACUCUUCUAAGUUUCUAUAUUGAAAA